AUGAAAUAUGGUAUUGGUCUGAAUUUGUACCUUAGUAAAAAUAAAUCGUCGAUAAUGACUUUAUUUGGAGAGAUUGUUGAACCAUCCAGCCGAACUAUUUGGGAAGAUUGGGAUGAUACAACACCAGAAAAUGAUAUCAAUUUACAAUGGGAAUAUCAUGUUGAAAUUAACGAAGAAAUUCACUCAUUUUAUUUGCUUGAUGGGAAAUAUUUUAAAAACUUCAUUGAUAUAACAUCUCAACAACUGCAAUUAGUGAAUAAGAUUAAAAAAAUCGAUUUAAGUCUGUAUAAAAUAGGAGCACCUCCAAAAUAUAUUUGUACAGUCAAGGACUAUGACAUGGUGCUAAAGUUUGAAUAUCCAAAACUUGAACAGCCUAACAUUUUAUCUGGUGUAUCUGCAGGAGUUAUCAUCUUGAGAGAGCAGUUGGAUCUAAUGGGAGUUGCAAUUAUUUGUUAUGUGGAGUACACAGAUGAUUAUCAAGUCAAGGAGAUACAGAAAAUCUUAAAUAAACUAGGAAUUGGAUCAAUAUCUACAUCUGGCUUUAGUGAAAUCAUAAAUUCAAAUUUGUAUAUU